AUGGCUUGUGCCUACACCAAAGACGGUUCCGACCCAAUCUCACCUUGGCCGAUAUCGACUAUACAACUACGUCUCCGCAAAUGGGGUAAGUACGUCAACGAGGCCAGCUUCGAGGAUAUCGCUCUGGCAGCCUGGUCGUGGUACGGUGACGAUCUUGAGCUCAAGACGAGAGAUGAGCUCGAAGGUCGCGGCGGAGGGUAUACAGAGUAUGACAGCGAGGCUAGCGAGGCAUCUAGUAUUGCUCUUAUCGAGGAUGGGAAGUCUUCCCGCUACGGCAAGAAGGAUCGACAUGCAGCUAUCAUCAAGGCGAAUGCGGUCAUGACUCUAGAAGACGCUAUCCGCAUCCAGCGGGACUUCUUCAGUGGCGGAAACGUUGCUCGCGAUCGAAUCGAAUCAUCAUUCGAGAAGUAUGGGCACAUUACGCCGGAAAACUUUGUCGAUCUCUCUGGCGAGGCGGAUGGAGAUACUACUAGUGAGGACACCGCUAGCCCAAGUCCUUCGAAGCGGAGUUACAACUGUAAUGGGGCGCCUAUUCAGACGAAUAAGCGACCAAGACAAAUUAGUGUCACGUUCGCGAGGGAGAGUGAUGCUGCCAGCUCUACAUUUUCGUGGACUAAGGCUUAUCUGGACUCAUGUGAUAGUGCAGCGCGAGACCUCGACCUGGAGCAGGGUGAAUCCAGGAAUGUAUCUGAGGAGCAGGAUACAGACUCGGACGACGAGCUAUCUCAUGCAUGGGAGGAAUUUAUCGCCAACUUGUGAGACUGAUUGGGACACAAGACGUUCAUGAGUUUAGGUUACGGAACCUUGCUGAAGAUCUUGCUAUGGAUAUGGUAUCCUAAAUGGAUGGAGAUGGGGAAACGUUGACUUCUUGUGGAAAUGGAGGAACUCAUAGAUAUCUUCAAGUCUAAAAGGUUGGAAUGGACUGAGAUAGCGCAACCUGAUUUACUAUAGGCCAGAUUUUGGUGAACACCUGGAUCAUCCGGCGGCCAUAUUAUUAAACUGGAGGAUAUGAGCGUUACUUUCUCCACGGAUCUUAGGCG